AUGGCCGAUAUCAACGUUGAGGAGACGCUCAAGAAGCUCUCCCUCGGCGAGAAGGUGUCUCUGCUCGCAGGUGUCGACUUCUGGCACACAAAGGCCCUGCCUGACCAUGGCGUCCCCUCGCUUCGCCUCACAGACGGCCCCAACGGCGUGAGAGGAACCAAGUUCUUCAACGGCAUUCCCGCGGCCUGCUUCCCCUGUGGAACGGCUCUGGGAGCCACCUUCAACAAGGACCUCCUCGAGGAGGCUGGCAAGAAGAUGGGCGAGGAGGCCAUUGCCAAGAACGCCCAUGUCAUCCUCGGUCCUACCAUCAACAUGCAGCGCUCCCCCCUGGGCGGUCGAGGCUUCGAAUCCAUCGGCGAGGACCCCUUUCUGUCCGGCCUCGGCGCCGCCGCCCUCAUUCGAGGUAUCCAGAGCACUGGUGUACAGGCUACCAUCAAGCACUUCCUCUGCAACGACCACGAGCACAAGCGGCAAAACGUCCAGGCCAUUGUCAGCGAGCGUGCGCUCCGUGAGAUCUACGCCCUUCCCUUCCAGCUCACCGUGCGGGACGCUCAACCUGGAGCCUUCAUGACUGGUUACAAUGGAAUAAACGGCACCUUCUGUAGCGAGAACCCAAAGGUAUUGGACGACAUGCUGCGCAAGGAGUGGGGUUGGGACGGUAUGGUCAUGAGUGACUGGUUCGGCACUUACACCACCUCUGCGGCCGUCAAGGCUGGCCUGGAUCUCGAGAUGCCUGGGCCUACCAAGUUCCGAGGCGACCUCCUCAAGUUUAAUGUCAAUACUGGCAAGGUCUGGGGCCAUGAAAUUGAUAACCGAGCCCGCGAGGUGCUCAAGCUUGUCAAGAAAUGUGCUGCCACUGGAAUCAAGGAGACUGGACCUGAUGCCCCUGAGCGCACCCUCGACACCCCUGAGACGGCAGCCCUGCUUCGCAAGAUUGGAGAUGAGAGCAUUGUCCUCCUCAAGAACGACAACAACGUCCUUCCCCUCGCCAAGGAGAAGAAGACGCUCGUCAUCGGCCCCAACGCCAAGGUGGCCACCUACCACGGCGGCGGUUCCGCCUCCCUGGCAGCCUACUACGCCGUCACUCCAUACGAUGGCAUUGCCGAGAAGCUAGGCUCACAGCCCCAGUACUCCAUCGGCGCAUACACCCACAAGCUGCUCCCGCUUCUCGGCCCCCAGACGCAGGUGCCCAGUGGCAAGCCAGGCAUGACCUGGAACGUCUAUGCGACCGCUCCCGGCACCCCAGGGCGGGAAUCCGUUGACCAGCUUGAAUUGACCAAGACGGAGAUGCACCUCGUUGACUUCUACAACCCCAAGGUUGAGGAUCUCUGGUAUGCGGACCUGGAGGGCACCCUCGUUGCGGAGGAGGAUGGACCUUAUGAGUUCAGUCUUAUUGUCUCCGGAACGGCUAACCUCUACGUCAACGGCGACCUCGUCAUCGACAACUCUACCAAGCAAGUUGCCGGCGACGCCUUCUUCGGCUGUGCCACUCAGGAAGAGCGUGGCAUCGUCAACCUCAAAAAGGGCGAGUCUUACAAGGUCAAGGUCGAAUUCGCCUCGGCCCCGUCCUUCACCCUCGCGCUGGAGAACACCGUCGUCGGCCACGGCUCGCUCCGUGUCGGUGGCUGCAAGGUCAUCGACGACCAAGCCGAGAUCAAGAAGUCAGUCCAGCUCGCCAAGGAGCACGACCAGGUCAUCAUCUGCGCCGGCCUCAACGCCGACUGGGAGACUGAGGCCACGGACCGCGCCAGCAUGAAGCUCCCCGGCGUGCUGGACCAGCUCAUCGCCGAAGUCGCCGCCGCGAACCCCAACACUACCGUCGUCAUGCAGACCGGCACGCCCGAAGAGAUGCCCUGGCUCGACCAGGUUUCCGCCGUCAUCCAGGCCUGGUACGGUGGCAACGAGACCGGUAACUGCAUCGCCGACGUCCUGUUUGGUGACUACAAUCCCUCGGGCAAGCUGUCGCUCAGCUUCCCCAAGCGCCUACAGGACGUCCCGGCCUUCCUCAACUUCCGCACCGAGGCCGGUCGCGUCCUCUACGGCGAAGACAUCUACAUCGGCUACCGCUACUACGAGUUCGCCGAGAGGGAGGUUAAUUACCCCUUCGGCCACGGUCUCUCCUACACCACCUUUGAGUUCUCCGACCUCGCGGUGGCUUCCAAGGAAGGCAAGCUGUCCGUGUCCUUGAAGAUCAAGAACACGGGCUCCAUCAAGGGCGCCGAGGUCGCCCAGCUCUACAUCCAGCCCAAGCAGGCCGCCAAGGUGAACCGACCUGUCAAGGAGCUCAAGGGCUUCGCCAAGGCGGAGCUGGAGGCUGGCCAGACCAAGACGGUGACUAUUGAGGAGUUGGAAAAAUAUGCUGCGUCCUACUUUGACGAGGAGCGCAACCAGUGGUGCGUGGAGGCUGGCGAGUACGAGGUUGUUGUCAGUGAUAGCAGCGCCGCCAAGGAGGGCAAGACGCUGAAGGGCUCCUUCAAGGUUGCUGAGAGCUACUGGUGGUCUGGCCUGUAA